AUGGAGUUCUCCCGCCGCGGCCGAGCCACCGAUGACGCCGGCGACGGCCAACGCUUCCCUGACCCUCCGCCGCAUGGAGACCCGAUGCUGGUGAUGAGGGACGCGCUGCUGUCACAGCUCCAGAAGGACCGCCUUCGCCAGGAGAUCAUCGUGGCCGAGCUGGCUAAGAUAGAGCGUGCCAUGGCCCUGUGCGCCGCCACUGGCGGCCAGCAGGCCACACCGGCACCAGCCGGCGAAUGCUUGAAGACGUACGAUGGUAACGCGGCUCGACAGAAUGCAGCGUCUGAUGAGCAGAGGCUGCCGGGCUCCAAUGAGGCUGUUCCAGAGACUAAGACUUCGGUCGCGGAGAAGUGGGAACUAACAGGAAUAACCAUACCAGUUAAGAAGCCCAAAACACCCAUGAAAUGGUGUUGCGCCAUCUGUGAGGUGCAAGCAACCAGUGAGCAGAACUUGCUGCAGCAUUAUGCUGGGCAGAAGCACUUGUCAGCAACACUGGACCCAAGAGCUACAGCAAGUGGUCAGAAGGCGACAACGGCGGCAGAACCUUCUCUUGGUACAGAGCAGAAGAAAACCUCCUCAAUAAAAUGGAGUUGCAAUACCUGCCAGGCAACUGGCUCGGGUCAAUCGGGGUUGGAAGCGCACCUCAAGGGCAAAAGACACCAGCAGAACAUCUCAGCCACAUCCAUGCCGAAGAACGGCGCGGCGGGGGAAGCAAAAUCGCUUGGCAUCAAUGUGCCGAAGCGUUCAGAGAAGCCACCAUCAGCCUGGAGCUGCAGCAUUUGCCAAGCUAUAUGUACCAGCGAAUCAGACUUGAACAGCCACCUGAGGGGCAUAAGACACCAAGCAAAGGUUCAGUCCUUGCUUGAAGGCAAGAACAUGGCAAGGAAAGAAAAACUGAAUCCAGAUUCAAGAUGGGCCUGCAGAAUUUGCCAAGCUCACUGUACUUGUGAAUCAGACUUGGAGAACCAUCUUGCAGGCAAGAGACACCAACUAAACAUUCAGGUUUUAAGCGCGAAAACCAAGCAAGAGAAAAACAAUGCACCACGAGUGGCCAUGAGCCAAGAACCACCCUCGGAAUGGCAUUGCACAAUGUGCGAGGCCGAAUGUAACUCUAAAUCUCAAUUUGAGGAUCAUUGCAGAAGCAGCAGGCACCAACAGAAGAUAGAGGAGGUACUCGGAAAAGGCAAGACCGUGAAAGUGAGCAGUCGUAAGGCUGCAAAUGAACUACUUUCAGAUUGCUCUACCAAGAAGAAUGCGAACUCAGAAAAGUUGGAGAAACGGCAGAUAGUAUAUUUCUGUGAGCAAUGCAAUUUGCAGUGUAAUAGUGGUACAGCGCUGGCACAUCAUCGUGCUGGGAAGAAGCACCGGGAAAAGCUCGACGAAAAGAAAUAA